AUGGGCGUCAAAACAUUUACCCACAUCCCAGCUCACAGCCAGGAGAUGCUUGAGCUGAACAUGUUACGUAAUGAUGGACAUUUCUGUGACAUCACCAUUCGUGUCCAAGAUAUCUUCAGAGCACACAAGGUAGUCCUGGCAGCGUGCAGUGACUUCUUCCGUUCCAAAUGUGGCCAAGCAGAAGAUGAUAGCCAGAGUGUACUUGUGCAUCACGUGACUGUGACUGGCUUUUUGCCUCUUCUGGAAUACGCCUACACCGCAACAUUGUCUAUUAACACUGAAAAUAUUAUUGACGUCUUGGCUGCUGCUAGCUAUACAAUGUUCAGUGUGGCUAGCACCUGCUCUGAGUUUAUGAAGUCAAGUAUUUUAUGGAACACCCCCAAUAGUCCAGAAAAGGUGCUCGAUACAGGCCAGGAAAACAGCGCAAACUGCAAUUUUACAUCACGGGAUGGCAGUCUUUCUCCAGUUUCCUCAGAAUGCAGCGUGGUAGAAAGAACCAUUCCGGUCUGCAGAGAAUCACGGCGGAAGCGUAAAAGCUAUAUCGUAAUGUCCCCAGAAAGUCCACUUAAAUGUAACACCCAGACAAACUCCCCACACGUUUUGACUACUUCAGCUUCUAUAGUAGAGAGUAGAAGUCAUCCUGUAGACUCUUCCUUAGCUUUCCCUUGGACUUUCCCUUUUGGAAUUGACCGAAGACUCCAGACAGAAAAAGUGAAACUAGAAAACUCUCGGACUCUAGAAGUGCCUGGUCCAUCUGAAGCGUCUAGAAGAAUUUCUGAUUACAUGACGUGUGAGAGCACAAAAACCAGCUCACCCCUGGUGAUUGAAGAAGAUGUGCGUGUAAAAGUGGAAAGGUUGAGUGAUGAAGAAGUACAUGAGGAAGUAUCUCAGCCUGUUAGUGCAUCCCAAAGUUCUCUGAGUGACCAGCAGACAGUCCCUGGAAGUGAACAAGUUCAGGAGGAUCUUUUGAUCAGUCCGCAGUCAUCUUCUAUAGGUUCAAUAGAUGAAGGUGUCACUGAAGGAUUACCAACGCUCCAAAGCACUUCUGGUGGGAAUAUCCAUGUGGAAGACGAUGACCGACUGGAGAAUGUCCUACCUUACCAGCUCUACAUUGCUCCUACAACCAGUAGCACAGAGAGACCUAGCCCAAAUGGUCCUGACAGACCUUUUCAAUGUCCAACUUGCGGUGUUCGAUUCACCCGUAUUCAGAACUUAAAACAGCACAUGCUCAUCCACUCAGGCAUUAAACCAUUUCAGUGCGACCGUGGGAAAAAGUUCACCCGGGCUUACUCGCUAAAGAUGCAUCGCCUGAAGCACGAAGGUAAACGCUGUUGGUGCCAGAUAUGUAGUGCCACUUUCACUUCCUUCGGGGAAUAUAAACACCACAUGCGGGUUUCCCGGCACAUUAUCCGCAAGCCUCGGAUUUACGAGUGCAAAACAUGUGGCGCCAUGUUCACCAACUCUGGAAAUUUAAUCGUUCAUCUGAGGAGUCUGAACCAUGAAGCGUCAGAGCUAGCAAACUACUUCCAGAGCAGUGACUUCCUAGUACCAGACUACUUAAACCAAGAACAUGAAGAGACUCUUGGCCAGUACGAGCUAGGAGAGCAUGGAUUCGAAAGGCAGCUCUUCUGUUCAAUGCCGGAUUCGCAGGUCUCCUCGACGCAGAAUUGCGAGAGCACUUUCCCACUGGGGCCUCUGGGGGGUGUUAGAAAGGAAGAAGACUUGCCAGAGCAGCCAAAAACCAUCUCAAGCGCCGAGGCCGGCCGAGAGGACUCCAAAGGCGGGCUCUCGUCUAUCACUAUCGAAUAAGUCAAAAGUUUGGUUUGUUGUUUUUGUUUUUUUGUCUUUUUGGAAAGUGCCUGUGUUUGGUCUUGUACAUUUUAAUUUAAUUUUCA